AUGCCCUCUUUCUUGAUCAGAACCCCUUGCUCCUCGGCCAACAUUGGCCCAGGGUUUGAUGUCAUCGGCCUGGCACUGUCCCUCCACAUGGAGCUCCGUGUCACUGUCGAUGACUCCAAGUCCUCGUCCGAACUGCCCUUGAACUGCCAGAUCACCUAUGAAGACCUGAGCAAGAGCACCGAGCAAAUCAGCCUGGACCCCGAGGUCAACUUGAUUACUCGGGUGGCCUUGUACGUCCUGCGAUGCCACAACCAACGCGCCUUUCCCGUGGAGACCAAGGUGCACAUCAUCAACCCCAUCCCACUUGGUCGGGGUCUAGGAUCGUCGGGUACUGCAGUAGUGGCUGGUGUUAUGCUGGCCAAUGCAGUGGGCAACCUAGGCUUGAGCAAGGAGCGAUUACUCGAUUACUGUUUAAUGAUUGAACGGCACCCGGAUAACGUGGCUGCAUCCCUGUUUGGUGGAUUUGUGGGAACCUACCUGAAUGAACUCAAACCUGAAGACGUGGCCCGGAAAGAAAUCCCACUGAGUGAAGUCCUGCCGGCGCCUGCUGGUGGCAUUGACACUGGUAACAAGCCCCCAGAGCCCCCUCUGGGUAUUGGUCACUACCGAAAGUUUGACUGGGCUCCCGAAAUCAAGGCCAUUGCCAUCAUCCCAGACUUUGUUGUGCCCACCGCCAAUGCUCGCAACGUCCUUCCUCAAACGUACACCCGUGCCGAUGUGGUGUUCAAUCUGCAGCGUGCAGCCCUUUUGCCUGCAGCCCUGGGUACCUCCCCACCGGAUCCUGAUAUGAUCUUCCUUGCCAUGCAGGACAGAGUGCACCAACCAUACCGCAAGACUCUUAUCCCAGGCUUGACUGAGAUCCUCCAAUUCAUGACCCCUGCGACGCAGCCCGGUCUUUUGGGUAUCUGUCUGUCGGGUGCUGGACCAACCAUCCUGGCUCUGGCGACCGAUCGUUUCGAUGAGAUCGCAGAGCGCAUCAUCGCACAAUUUGCCUCCAACAACAUUACUUGCCAAUGGAAGUUGCUGGAACCCGCACAGGAGGGUACCACCGUUACCUCCAUCUAA